UUGUCCCCCAAUUUCACAUGAGCUUUGUUGCUUCAAACUCCUGAGAUGAAGGGAGCAAGGUUAUUUGUUCUGCUUUCUAGUUUAUGGAGUGGGGGCAUAGGACUUAACAACACCAAGCAUUCUUGGACUACACCUGAGAAUGGAAACUCCCAGAAUAUGACCACUGCUUCAGUUCCUCUAAAUAAAAUACAAAGUCUCCAAAUGCUGCCAACCACUCAGGUCAUGUCAGCAGAGACAGCUACAACUCCUGAGACAAGAACUUCUGAAGAGAGUCUUCUAAAAUCCAUACUGCCUCCUGCAGAGACAAGUGCACCUCCCAAGGGUGUGAGAAACCAAACUCUCACACUCACAAAGAAGACAGAAGAAGGGGUAGUGGAAUUACAAAACCUUGCCCUCCCAACCGAAUCUACUAGCAUCAAGUUCAAUCCUGGAGCGGAGUCAGUAGUCCUUUCCAACUCUACGCUGAAAUUUCUUCAGAGCUUUGCCAGAAAGUCAAAUCAACAAGCGAUCUCUGUAAACUCAACUGGAGGCACGGGAAAUAGAUCCCCACGGGAAACGUACCUCAGCAGAGGUGACAGCAGUCAAAGCCAAGGAACCAGUUAUCCAAAAUCAAGCUUCGAAACAACUAGAGGAAAGAACUGGUGUGCUUAUGUACAUACCAGAUUAUCUCCCACAGUGAUACUGGACAACCAGGUCACUUAUGUUCCAGGUGGAAGAGGACCCUGUGGCUGGCCCAGUGGAUCCUGUCCUCAGAGAUCUCAGAAAUUAUCCAAUCCUGUCUACAGGAUGCAACAUAAAAUUGUUACUUCAUUGGAUUGGAAAUGCUGUCCUGGAUACAGUGGACCAAAAUGUCAGCUAAAAGCCCAGGAACAGCAGCCAUUGAUACACAGCAACCAGGCUGAAAGUCAUGAAGCUGCUGGCAGAGGGUCCGCUGAGCAACAGCAGCAGAAGCAGCUGCAGCAGGAGCAAGACUGUGGUGAUCCAGCAGUGAUGCAAAAAAUGACUGAGCAGAUGAACCAUCAAGCAACAAAACUGGUUCUUCUGCAGAAGAAGAUUGACAAUAUUUCCUUGGCUGUGAAUGAUGUAAAGAACACGUACUCCUCCCUAGAAGGGAAAGUCAGUGAAGAUAAAGGCAGGGAAUUUCAGUCUUUUCUAAAAGGUCUAAAAUCCAAAAGCAUUAAUAAUCUGGUAAAGGACAUAGUAAGAGAACAACUUAAGUUUUUUCAAAAUGACAUGCAAGAGACUGUAGCACAGCUCUUCAAGACUGUAUCGAGUCUAUCAGAGGACCUUGAAAACAUCAAGCAAGUAGUUCGACAAGUUAAUGAAUCUGUGGUUUCAAUAGCAGUUCAGCAAAAGUCUGUUUUAAUGCAAGAAAAUAGGCCCACUUUGAAGGAUAUCGUAGAGCUAAAGAAUCACAUUGUGAAUGUAAGGCAAGAAAUGACUUUUGCAUGUGAGAAACCUAUUAAAGAACUAGAAGCAAAGCAGGCUCGUUUAGAAGGUGCUCUAGAACAGGAACAUUCAAGGAGCUUUCUGUAUUAUGAAUCCCUCAAUAAGGCACUUUCUAAAAUGAAGGAGGUACGUGAGCAGCUUUUAUCCACUGAACAAGUAUCAGACCAGAACAAUAUUCCAGCUGCUGAAUCAGUUAGUAAUAAUGUCACUGAGUACAUGUCUACUUUACAUGAGAAUAUAAAGAAGCAGGGUUUAAUGAUGCUGCAAAUGUUUGAUGAUUUGCACAUCCAAGACACCAAGAUUAACAAUCUCACCAUUGCUUUGGAAAUGGAGAAAGAAUCUGUCAGGGGUGAAUGUGAAGACAUGUUAUCCAAGUGCAGAAAUGAUUUUAAAUUUCAACUUAAGGACACAGAAGAGAACGUACAUGUGUUAAACCAAACAUUGGCUGAGUUUCUCUUUCCAAUGGACGAUAAGAUGGAUAAAAUGAGUGAGCAACUAAAUGAUUUGACUUAUGAUAUGGAGAUCCUCCAACCUUUGCUUGAGCAGGGAGCAUCACUUAGACAGACAAUGACGUCUCAACAACCAAAGGAAGCAGUAGUGAUAAGGAAAAAGGUGGAAAAUCUGACCACUGCUGUCAAUAGUCUAAAUUUUCUCAUCAAAGAACUUACAAAAAGAUACAACUUACUUAGAAAUGAAGUACAGAGUCGUGGUGAUGCCUUAGAAAGACAUAUUAAUGAAUAUGUCUUAGAAAUGGAAGACGGCCUAAAUAAGACAAUGAUUAUUAUGAACAAUGCCAUUGACUUCAUUCAAGAUAACUAUGUGCUAAAAGAGACUUUGAGUACUGUUAAGUAUAAUCCCGAGGUCCAUCAUAAAUGUACCCCAAAUAUGGAAACUAUUUUGGCAUUUGUUUCUCAAUUCCAACAUUUGAAUGAUUCUAUUGAGAUGUUGGUCAAUGAUAAUCAGAGAUACAACUUUAUUUUGCAAGUUGCCAAGGCCCUUGCAAAUAUUCCUAAAGAUGAGAAACUAAAUCAGUCCAACUUUCAAAAGAUUUAUGAAAUGUUCGAUAAAACCACUUCCCAAGUGAUAAAAUACCAGCAAAAUAUGAGUCAUCUGGAAGAAAAAAUACUUGCAGCAGCUAAAAUUGCCAGAAAUUUUGAAACUCGCUUGCAAGGCAUUGAGUCUAAAGUGACCCAGAUGCUGAUACCAUUUUAUAUUUCAAUUAAAAAAGGCAGUGGAACCACAAAUGACAGAAACCAGGCUCUUCAACUGCAGGUAUUAAAUUCCAGAUUUAAGGCACUGGAAGCAAAAUCCAUCUAUCUUUCAAUUAACUUCUCUUUGCUUAACACAACUCUCUAUGAAGUUUUAACAAUGUGUCAUGAUGCAUCUAUGAGUAUAUCUGAACUGAAUGCUACCAUACCUAAGUGGAUAAAGGCUUCCCUGCCAGAUAUGCAGCUUCUUCAGAAAGGUCUGACUGAAUUCGUGGAAUCAAUAAUUGAAAUAAAAACUCAAGCUGCCAUGUCUAAUUUAACUGGGUACAUUGAUCAAUCUUUGUCUGGUAGUCUAGGAAAUGUAAUCAAGUCUCAGAAGCAAGUAAAAUCAUUGCUGAAGAAACCUGGUACACUUAAGAAACCAACAGUCAAUCUUACCACUGUCCUGAUAGGCCGGGCUCAAAGAAACACGGACAACAUUAUAUAUCCUGAAACAGAGGAGUAUUCAGGCUGUAGCAGGUUCCCAUGCCAGAAUGGAGGCACGUGUAUAAAUGGAAGAACUAGCUUUACCUGUGCUUGCCGACACCCUUUCACUGGUGACAACUGCACUGUCAAGCUGGUAGAAGAAAAUGCUUUAGCUCCAGAUUUUUCCAAAGGAUCUUACAGAUACGCACCGAUGGUGGCAUUUUUUACAUCUCAUACAUAUGGAAUGACUACACCUGGUCCUAUCCUGUUUAAUAAUUUGGAGGUCAAUUAUGGAGCUUCAUAUAACCCAAGAACUGGAAAAUUCAGAAUUCCAUAUCUUGGAGUGUAUAUUUUCAAGUAUACCAUCGAGUCAUUUAGUCCUCAUAUCUCUGGAUUUUUAGUAGUUGACGGAAUUGACAAGCUUGCAUUCGAGUCUGAAAAUAUUAACAGUGAAGUACACUGUGAUAGAGUUUUGACUGGGGAUGCCUUAUUAGAAUUAAAUUAUGGGCAGGAAGUGUGGCUGCGACUUGUAAAAGGAACAAUUCCAGCCAAGAGUACCCCUGUUACUACAUUUAGUGGAUACCUGUUAUAUCGUACAUAAGUUGCUAUGAAAGACAGACUAUCACCUUUACUGAGAAACAGCCAGUGUUUUUAUUUAUCUUUGCAUGCACAUCUGCUCUGUUUUGGUUUUUCCAUACAAAAUGAAAACCGACUUAUUUUAUAAUCUGAGUAAAGCUGUAUGUUUGUUUAUUUCAUAAAAUUAUUUGAAUAUGUUUUGGGUAGCCUGUAUAUGAAGGAGUUCCUGCUCCUAAAGAAAUUUAAUGGCACAGAAAACAAAAUGCAUUUGUUAGCAUAACUAUUUGUACUUUUGUUUCUUCAUUUUAAGUCAUUUCGAUGUAGAGUCACAUUAUAAAAUGGCAAUCAUACAAUAUUGUC